AUGUUUGAAAAUGGUCAGGUGGACAUUGUUGACGAGAAUGGAAAUGAGGCCAUAGACUGGGAAGAAGAAGUCAAUCCUUAUAACACAGAAACUUUGAGUAACUUUACGCAGUAUUCUGAAAAGCAGCCAACAGAUCUCGACAUGACAGACCCUGAACUUCCUGAAAGAAUAGCACAGCUAGAAAAAACUAUCGAAGCAAGCAAUACAUCUAAAACCAAAUAUGCACAUUAUUCAGAUAGUCAGAAAACUUUAUUUCUGUAUUACUUGCAACUUAGGUUUUUAAGCGCUGCAGCAUCAGCUCGAAAAGCUGCGAUUAAUGUUCGCACUGGUCAGGAUUGGGCCAAGAAACUGAAAAAUGAUCCCGAUUUUGAUAUUUUCGAAACAAAUACGAACAAGACUGUCAGGAAGGGGAGUCAGCUUCAGGAAAAGCAUAAAGCUCAUUUAAUUGAAUUUUUUGAUGACAACCCACAUGCCCGAGUAUCCGAUGCAGUUGAAGAACUUACCAAACGUUUUGAAGGCUUCACAUUGAAAGAAACAGUGGUUGGGAAAUUCAUUUCAACUGAAUGCAAUUUGAGUAUCACAAAAAUUACUCCUCAUCCGGUUACUAGAAAUUCCAAUCAAAACGCAGAAAUCAAAGAGAGACGUGGGCAAAAACAGAUAUGGACUACACCAAAAAUUGUAUUUUUAUUGAUGAGAGUGAUUUUGAUAUAA